GGUAUAGUUUGCAACAGUUUCAAUCUCAGAGAGACUACUUAGAGCAUUCUUGCCUCAGUGUGUCGUUUUUUAGAUUUACAAGAUGGUACCAAACCAGUAGUUGCUGGCGGCUAUAGUGCUGUUGCCUUUUCAUAUGGGAACACUGAUGAAGCAAUCGAGCAAAAGAAUAAUGAUGCUGAGUCUGGUUUUCGUCCACCCUUCCAAGUACCGGAGAGCUUACUUCAAAACCUAGUAAGUAACCUGCCCCUGUAUAUACCAUUCACCUUUUACUUUCUUAGUAUUAUCUGAAUAUUGUUGUGUUUUCUUUUUUUUGGAUAAUUGAACAGUCUGGCCAAAUGAUAAAUGACUAAGGUGCAUAUGUUAUUCUAAGGCUUACCAUGUCUAAGUUUCAGAUGCUCGGAGCAGGGAUGGACUUCUUGUGAGUUGUGACCCAAGGUUGCCAUCACGGGCACCUUGUUUCCUUUUGAUGUCAUGACAAAUGGGCCGUGCAGGUGGGAUUAGGAUGAUAGAAAAUUGUUACUCUGUCAGGAAUCUUUAGUACUCAACAGCAAGUUGGAUGAGGCAUAUCUACAUGGAGUUCUGUUUCUUGCUCGUUAUGGUUAUCCAUAUAUAUACAUAUAGAUAUAUAUCAGAUUUAAUGCGCUAAUCUUGGGCUAUAAGAAUUAUAUUUUUUCGGACACUUUGCUAUGAAAAAUUCACAUAUUGAAAGCGAAACUUUUUAUUUGUUUUGUCUGUGUUUCCAGCCACCAACAGAGAAGGUUCAUCAGAUCAUUGCAAGAACUGCUAUGUUUGUUAGCAAACAUGGUGGUCAGUCAGAAAUUGUUUUGAGGGUCAAACAGGGGGACAACCCUACAUUUGGGUUCUUGAUGCCAGAUCAUCAUCUCCAUGCCUACUUUCGGUUUCUUGUUGAUCACCAAGAACUUCUCAAGCCUGACAGUGGUGACAAAUCUCUAGUAGAAAAGAAUAACGCUGGUCUCGAUCAGGCUGGUAGUGCUUUGUCUAUCCUUGGUUCUGUAUAUGGGUCUGGAGAGGAUGAGGAUGGUGCAACUGAGGAAAUUCCCGAAUAUAAAAGAAAUGAUUUAGAGGAAGCCGUCAAUGCUGGUAAUGUUACUGUUUCUCAUGGAUCAGUGCAGGCAGUCUCUUCUGUAAAUGUAGCUGGGAAAGAUGUGGCAAUUGCCAAGGGUUCAGUUAUGAGUUUGAAAGAAAAAGCUCCUAUAAUAAAACGGAAUCGUUCCAUCAGUACAGUUAUGGUUGGAACUAGAAGUGGGGUCAGAAAAGAAGCUGAUGCCUUGGGCUCACUUUGCACUGCUGGGGACAAAUCACAGGCUUCUUUGCUUAGCACGCCCAAGGUUGAACAACCCAUUGUGGAGCCUCCAUCUGAUUUAAAGAGAGUGGUUGACAAGAUAGUCGAGUUCAUCCUGAAAAAUGGUAAACAAUUUGAAGCUGUUCUUGUGGAACAGGAUCAAAAACAUGGAAGAUUUCCGUUCCUUCUGUCAUCCAAUCAAUAUCACCCUUAUUAUUUAAAAGCUCUUGAGAAAGCUAAAGAGUUGAAAUUACCUGGCAAGGGCUCUGAUUCAAUGGGGCAUCAGGUGGAGAAGAAAACUGCUGUACCAAAAGAAGGUGAUACUCUGUCCAGAGGAUCUGCUGAUCUUGAUAUACCAUAUAGUUAUGACAGGAAAGAGAAGUUUAAGAUGUUUAUUGGCAAAUCAAAGAAGGAUGGGCAGGAUCCUCCUUCCAAAGCCACUGAGCCACAAAUUGGAAUAAGUAUGGAUGCAGCUUCUGCUGCUGCAAUUCUCCAGGCUGCCACAAGGGGCAUUAAGAAUCCUAGUUUAGAAAAUUUUCCUAUGACAUCAUUAAAUGGUAUUGGUCGAGGCCCUAGCAGUGAUGGUGGACACACCUCAAGCUUUGGGAGUCUCCGUUCAUCUCAACACCGAAGUUCCAUUUCAAAGCCAGAUCAAAAGGGGGAGCCUAGUGUUUCUGUCCCUGUUGCCAAGGCUAUUGCAGAGACAGCUGCUAUUGCAGCUGCAAGUGAGGCUGACUCCUCUGAAGCAUGCCUGACAAGAGAGCAGAAGCUGAAGGCUGAGAGAUUGAAACGGGCAAAGAUGUUUGCAGUCAUGAUAAAAAGUGGAGCUGCACCAUUGAAAACGGAACCAUUGCGUGGCUUAUCAGCGGAACCAUUAGGGUCUGGAAUUUCUGGAUCAGGUACUGAGGUUGAAAAUUUUGUGGGCAAAGAAAGAGAAGGCAGUUCAGUUCCAAUCGAUGUGGAUGAUAAGAUUGAGAAGUCUGAAAAGAAAAUUUCUGUUGAUGAAUAUAAUGAACGGCGAUCUAAGAGGAGUUACCGUUCCAGAUCUAAAAGACAUGAAGAACAAGAAGAAGGGGAAGUUGAGGAAGACAAAGAAGAGGAAAUAGAGGAGGAACAAGAAGGGGAAGAUAAAAGGGCUCACAAGCACACUCGGAAAAAGCACCGGUCUCAUCGGUCUUCACACCACAGUAGGGAAAGGCAUAAGCACCGGAAAAGACAUUCUUCUAAGGACAGAGAUUCUCGACAUCGGCGUAAGUAUGAUGACUCUUCUGAUGAUGAGCAUCAGUACUCUCGACAUCGGGAUGAGCAUGAUACUCCCUCCAAUAAUGAGCAUCGGCGUUCUCAACAUCGUCAACAUCGGGAUGAGCGUGACUCUUCUGAUGAUGAGCAUCAGCACUCUCGACAUCGGGAUGAGGAUGAUACUCUCUCCAAUAAUGAGCAUCAGCGUUCCCAACAUCGACGUAAACAUGAUAGUUCCUCUGAUGAUCAACAUCAGCACUCUCGACGACGUAAGCAUCAUAGCUCUGAUGAUGAGCAUGAACACCGAAGCAGAUCUGUUAGGCAUAGGAAAUCUCAGUCUGACAAAGAAAUGGACUUGGAAGAAGGAGAGAUUGUUACAAAAUCAGAUCAAUCAAAAGCUACUCAGGGUGAUGUUGCUAGUCGGGAAGCUUCUGUUGAAUUAUCAAAAUCAUAUCAAGAUGGAGGGGCCCCAUCUCAGCCCUCUGAAGCCACCGAGAUUUCUGAUGAUCUUAGAGCUAAAAUUCGAGCCAUGUUAAUGGCAACCUUGUAAGUAGCAUCACACAUUAUAAUUUUCUUGUUUUGUAAUGGUAAAAGUUUUAAUCAUUACCCUAAUUUUAAUGAGCCAAGAGUUCUUAUA